AUUUUCUCUAAAUUCCUUUCCUGACCUCGCUUUUUCCCCUACUCCAUUCUUCUCCUUUCCUGUGCUACAUGGUGUUGUGUUGGUCAAGGGUAAACAGAAGCACGAAGAACAAACUAGAGACUUCCAUUACUCCAUCAAUUCCUCCCUAUAAAUGCUGUGCCAACUUUAACUUCGAGAUCGUACCAACGACAGAACGUAUAAUUCUCUGCUCUAACAUGUCUCUGCUCCAAAACAUGCUGCUCGAUCCAUAUGGAAGCAUCUUCCAUCAGUUCAAUGACUCCGGCGACGACAGAAUCCCCAUGGACUGGAAGGAAACCGCGGCGGCUCACGUCUUGAAGGCCGACCUCCCGGGGUUCAAGAAAGAGGACGUGAAGGUGGAGGUGGAGGACGGCGGCGUCAUCUCCAUCACAGCCAAAAGGUCGCGCGACAAGAAGGAUGAUGAAGGAGAAGAAGAGUGCACGUGGCAUUGCUCGGAGAGGAGGAGUAGCGACGGGCACCUCCGGCGGCGGAGGUUCAGGCUGCCGGAGGACGCAAAGGCGGAGAAGGUCAAGGCGUCGAUGGAGAACGGGGUGCUCACGCUGGUGGUGCCCAAGGAGGACGCGAAUAAGCCGCAGGUGAGGUCGGUUGAGAUCGAGGGCGGAGACGGCAAGAAGAAGAGGUCGGAGAAAGGGAAGAAGAACAAGGACGAGAUCGUUUGCUGCACGUUUUGGCAUCGUUAAUCGAUUCAUGUGUCUGAAAUAAUGUAAUCAGUAGCCAAAGUAAUCAAAAUCCUACUAAUUAAAUUUAUAUUCGAA